AGUUUUCAGCUCGCAUAUUGCACAACUCUACUGCAUUGAACUCCAUUCUUCAUUGAACCAAACACACAGCCCAAACACACACUCCGACAACAGACCAACAGCACAGACCAACGGGCACCCCCAACGAUGCAGCAGUCCCCAGCCACUCCGCCAGCGGUGCUCUUUGACUUUUAUUGUGCGCUCAAGCCCGGUGGAUCUGUCGCGCCGUCGCCUGCCACCACGCCUGCACCCGCUACUUCGACCACAGCCAUUGGGUAUUCUGCAAGCAAUCCCGGCUUUGGAUUGCUCGGAUUGCCGCCGCCGUCGUUUCCCCUCCAACCCGCGCCAGUCUACACGCCCGGCGUUGAUCCGCUGCAAGGCCGACUGCUUCUCACUGCGACGCACGGAUACUUUCGGUUGGCAUCGGACAAGGUUGCAUCGGAACGGCACCAAUUUGCGUUUGCAGACGUCCGGAGUAUUGUUGCGCCAGACGCCUUCAUCCCAAUCAUUGUUGUCGACACUGCAAGAAAGCAGUUUGUCUUUUCCAACUUUUUCCACCGGAACGUCACCCUCGACGCGUUGCUAUCCUUGUGGAACAAUAACAAUACCAGCGGCAGCGGCGGAGCUCCUCCCAAACCCAGCAAAUCUCCAGAGCCAGUGAUUGUCGCCAGCGAGCCGCAACCAUUGCGCCCAGUCAACAAUAUGCCUCCUGCCUCCUCUCCCAUUCAACCGCCAAAGGCCGAGGCGAGCGCCACAACGCCCGCUUCCAACAGCCACGCACCAGCCUCGCCAGUUACAUCAUCGCCAUCGUCGCUGAAGCGCCGAAAGCCGGAUGUUCGCGUCGUUAUUGGCUCUGCUUCAAACUCGCCGUCCGCUCCGGCAACCAGCACGCCCAGUGCUCCUGCCUCUCUCGGUGCUCUCAGUGACGCCGAAACAGAGCGAGCUGCCCUCACCGCUUCCAUCAUGUCCACCUGGUUUACACCCCAAGAAACCACCGAGCAGCGCACGCUUCCUGACGGAACCGUCGUGGCCGUGUCGAUCAAGACGGUUCGACGCGCGCUCACCAACGUGCCCUGCUUGGGGUGCCGAAACGUGGCCGCCCGGAAGAAGUGUGCCUCACAGCUGUGCGCCACUUGCUGCUGGGCGGCCGAUUCCUUGUGUAAAGUGCACUUUACGCCAAAGUGGAAGGCACACCUCGCAGAGCUCGAGCGCGUUCGUUUGCAGCAGCUGCGUGUUCAGCGCGGCCCUUGCCGGCACUUUAUGGCUGGCCACUGCCGCAACGGUGUAAACUGCCUGUACGACCACGGCUCGAACGAAUAUCUCAGUUCUCCCAGCAUUGGGCGGCAUCUGAUCGAGUCCACUUCUGGCGCAGGCUCGUUGCGCGUCGUCCUUCGCGUUGUCUCUGCUGCCUCUGUUGGCAAACUUGGAAUGGAGCUCGGCGACAAGAUUAAUCUUCCUGCCUCGGUGCUCAUGUUUGCCGUGCAGCGCGAGCUGACCUAUCCGAUGGCAUUUGAGAUGACCAAGCACGUGGCCGAGCCGGCUCCUCCCAGCUCCACCACUGCAAACUCGUCAACCACUGCAGCCACCACGAAUACCGAUGAGCCAGCGACUGCUACUACGACUUCUACUACUACACCUACUACGACUACUACUGCUACUCCCCCGCCUCCUGCGAACGUGCACGGCGGCGUCCUCGAUUUCACCACAGACGAAGGAACAGCCAUCUUGCCCUCUUGGAUGAUGAAGCACAUUGGCGCCGAGACGGGCGAUCAGGUCGUCUUCCGCUACGCAAAGCUGCCCAAGGGCGAGUUUGUCAAGCUGCAGCCCGUUUCGACCACUUGGCUGGCUGUGCCGUUCGAGCAACGGCGCUCCGUCCUCGAGUAUCACCUCCGAAACUACCAGACGCUGACGGAAGGCAUGACCGUGUCCAUCGAACACCACCAGUCGCAGCACGACUUCAAAGUGCUCGAGUGCAAGCCGGCGCGUGCGAUUUCCAUCAUUGACACGGACAUUGUCACGGAUGUUGUCGAGCCGCUCGAAGACUUGCGCUUUGGCCACACGCAGCUGGUCUGUGACGCGACGCCCGUGACUGGCUCGGUCAAGAAGGGCGAGUCCCUCUACUAUCUCUUCCAUCCCAAGUCGGUCAUUCCAACCGCCCUGUCCGGCAGCGAUGCCUCGAUUGCUCGGAUUGUCCUGCGGGUCCAUCCCAUCUCUGGCGACCCCGAUCUCUACGUCAGCCAGGCCGUCCUGCGUCCCCAGCAGGCCAUGUACACCUGGUGUGCUCAAGAGCCCGGAGACAAGCUGUUGGUGCUCGAGUCCUCGUCCAAUCCUUCUGACUGCGCCAAUGGGUCGGCUCCUGCUUCCGGUCGUACCGACGAGAACUCCACCCCUGUCGCGCUCAACGUCAACACUCCCCUGCCAUUCAACGGCAAGGAUCCAGUCUACAUUGCAGUGCACGCAGCGCUCUCGGACGUGGUCUUUACACUUUCGCUGCUUUCCAAGGUGCCCGAGGACCGGCAGGGCCAUCGCCUGACGACAGCGUCCGAGACCUUGCCCCUCACCGUGUCUGCAGCAGGUGGGAAUAUUGCCAUUGUCGAGGCAAAGCCUGGGCAACAAGCCUGCUCCAACUGCGGCAAGUGCUUUGCGCCAACCACACUCGUCAUGCACGAGCGCAACUGCGUCAAGCAGACGUACCGCUGCCCGAUCGACACGUGCAAGCAGACCAUGCCCAUCUCCAUGAAAACAAAGCACGCUCUUGUGGCGCACACCGUCCUGCGUUGCAUGUGCGGUUUUGAGGCGACCCAGCGCGUGCUCCACGAGCAUCAGCACACGGAUUGCCGCUUGCGAAUGGUCGAGUGCACCAAUCAUUGGUGCCGCUUGCUGGUCUCGUACGGCGACCUGGCUCUGCACACUGCCAGUUGCUCAGCACGUACCACCAACUGCCCGGCGUGCCAUGAGAGCGUCAUGUGGUCGGCGCUGGACUACCAUUUUGAGGCAUUCCACUGCCUGCCCUCUGGCAUUCUCAACUGGGAGCUCCCUCUGGUGCCCCAGCUCGAGGCCCUCAACGUCGAAAUCAAGCCUCCGCGUCGAGGGCGUGGAAGCAGCCAGUCUGCGAACGAAAAUGGCGACGAAGAUGACGAGAACGGUGACGAGACGACCGAUGACACUUCCGAAGUGGACCACGCCGACUCGAGCAACCGCAACCGGCACGUCUGUGAAUGCGGUGCUGAUUUCCGCAUGCUGGAUGAUUUCCAAGUUCAUCAGCUCACGGACUGCUCUUUGGCCCAGCACUGAACAACAAACUUUGCUUGGUGAACUCAUUUUGCCAACUGCACUUGAACGCUUUUCAAGGCACACUGUUGAUUUUCAGAUUGUUUGUUCCAUGUUGUUUUUUCUGCUUGUUUUUGUCUUUGUGGAAAUCGUUUAAUGAAAGCACCAGCGUCAAUAAACCGCGUGUUGGAUCA